AUGGAGAGUGUACGGAGCAGGGUCCUGCACAAGCUGCAGGUCAUAACUGAGAUGGGUUAUCAGCAGCAUCUGGGCCCUGAGAACAUUUUGCUUGCUGCGUUGGAGACAGGAAACCUCAACCUUGUCCAGCUGCUGGGAGCCAGACAUGCAAACUGUGUGCUGAGCAUCAGAGGAGAGGAGAUGGGGUACCAAUCACAUACCCCUGCAAGGUUCGGCCUCGCAGGGUUGUGGACUCUGGAGUAUACCCAAGAACUAACAUCCCCCUUGGGUAUCACUUGCUCCCGUGGUUAUGCCGACUGCGUACGUUACCUUUUGCACAGGCGUGCAGAUCCAAAUGCUGCCCCUGGAGGGCGUUCUCCCCUUCAUGAAGCUUGUGCUGGAGGGCACGAUGAUUGUGUCCAACUACUAUUGGAACAUGGAGCCAACCCCAACAAGCGCAGUGAUCAUGGGCUGACUCCUCUACACCUAUGUGAGAUGAAUAGCUCUUUAAGGUGUGCAGAAAUACUCUUGCAUCAUGGAGCCCUUAUAAAUGAGAGCACAGACUCAACACAAGAUACCUCAUUGCACAUUGCAGCAAGACUUGGGCUUCUGAGUCACGUUGAUCUGUAUCUACGCCAUGGAGCACUUAUCAAUUCUAAGAAUGCCGAGGGUGAAACUCCCUUGAUUGCAGCGUGCACAGGUAAAUGUGAUGACGAGGAAAGCCGCCUUCAGACCUGCCAACUCCUAAUAAAGAAAGGUGCAGACCCAGAGGCUCAAGACCAGCAAGAAAGAAGGCCGUUACACCAUGCAUGCCGAAAGGCUGAAAGCCGCCUGGUAGAGUUACUGCUAGCUUCCGGUGUGGAUGUCAAUGCUGCAGAUUAUAAUGGUGUCCAACCACUUAGUUGUGUCCUGCAGAGUGCUGAGAUCUACAGAAAUAAGAAGCCUCAUCUUACUGUAUGUGUCCUGCUCAAUCACGGUGCCCGAUGUGUCUGUCCAGAAGCUUUCGGAAAGGUGCUGUGGUGCUGUUCUGGACUCCCUGAUGUCAUUACUCUGCUCUACAACUCAUACUUAAGCCUUCAAAUCUGCAGCAAAUGGAGAAAGGAAAUUCCAGAUGAUGUCUUCCAGACCCACCACGCCUUCUACGCAGCAUUCUUCAGUCUGUCUGGAACUGUCCGCUCCCUGCAGCACUUGUGUCGAUUUACUCUGCGAAAACAUUUUGGCAGUCAGUGUUACCUUUUCAUUCCUUUACUACCAGUCCCAACAGUCAUAAAAGACUAUCUGCUGCUCAUCACCGAACAGAGUCGCUGCCUGCUCUAAAUUACCAUACAUUUCUAGUUUUUUACUU